CGCCCUCCGGGCGUGAUGCUGGGGGGAGAAGGAUGUCUCCAGGCGGCGGACGUGCUCCGAGGAGCCAAGGCGAGGUGUUCGCGUCGACCAGCAGGCCGACCCCGCUCGGCUCCUCACCACCCGCAGCCCGGGUCCCCGCCGCGGGCGGGGUGGGCGGGUCGGGAAAGUGGGGGUGCCCGUGCCUAUUGGGCCUCCGCGAGCUUGCGCUCGCCCGCUGCCCGCAGCGCAGCUCUGCAUUGGUCAGCCCGGCGCCCCGCCCGGCUCCCGCGCCCCGAUUGGCCGUGGAUGUGCCCGACCCCCGGCGAGGGCGCUGAGGCGGAGAGCGGGAUUGGUGGUCCCGCCGUCCCCGGGUCGCGGCCGCGCGCUCCGCCCGCCGCUGCGUCCCCACUAUGGCGGCGCCCAGGCAGCCCACCGCGUCGUGGGCGCCCGCCGGGGUCCCCCGCGGCUGCCGCCGCCGCCUGCGCCCUCGCCUCCGCCUUCCCGCCCGCGCCGGGCCGGGCGCCGCCUCCCCCCUGCCUCCCUCUCCGCUGCGAUUCAGUGGUUCUUUCCUUUGACUCCGCUGGACAAACACUAGGCGCAGAGUAUGAUCGGUUGGGUUUCCUCCUGAAGCUGGACUCUAAACUGCCUGCUGAGUUAGCCACCAAAUACGCAAACUUUUCAGAGGGAGCUUGCAAGCCUGGCUAUGCUUCAGCCUUGAUGACUGCCAUCUUUCCUCGGUUCUCCAAGCCAGCACCCAUGUUCCUGGAUGACUCUUUCCGCAAGUGGGCUAGGAUUCGGGAAUUUGUGCCGCCUUUUGGGAUCAAAGGUCAAGACAAUCUGAUCAAAGCCAUCCUGUCAGUCACCAAAGAGUACCGCCUGACCCCUGCCUUGGACAGCCUCAGCUGCCGCCGCUGCAUCAUCGUGGGCAAUGGAGGUGUCCUUGCCAACAAGUCUCUGGGGUCACGCAUUGAUGACUAUGACAUUGUGGUCAGACUGAACUCAGCACCCGUGAAAGGCUUUGAAAAGGACGUGGGCAGCAAAACUACACUGCGCAUCACCUACCCUGAGGGUGCCAUGCAGCGGCCCGAACAAUACGAACGCGAUUCUCUCUUUGUCCUCGCUGGCUUCAAGUGGCAGGACUUCAAGUGGUUGAAGUACAUUGUCUACAAGGAGAGAGUGUGGGGACAGGAAAAGCUUCCCCGUGUGGCUCCCUGUCAGACUGCCCUCAGGAGCGAGCAAGACAGUACACGUGGCAACGCUGGACACAGUGUGCUCCCCCUGCAGAGUGCGUCGGAUGGCUUCUGGAAAUCUGUGGCCACUCGAGUGCCCAAGGAGCCCCCUGAGAUUCGCAUCCUCAACCCGUAUUUCAUCCAGGAGGCCGCCUUCACCCUCAUCGGACUGCCCUUCAACAACGGCCUCAUGGGCCGCGGGAACAUCCCGACCCUUGGCAGUGUGGCAGUGACCAUGGCACUACACGGCUGUGAUGAGGUGGCGGUUGCAGGCUUUGGCUACGACAUGAGCACACCCAAUGCACCCCUGCACUACUAUGAGACCGUGCGCAUGGCGGCCAUCAAAGAGUCCUGGACGCACAAUAUCCAGCGAGAGAAAGAGUUUCUGCGGAAGCUGGUGAAAGCACGUGUCAUCACCGACCUAACCAGCGGCAUCUGAGGCGGGCCCAGCACAUGGCCACGGAGGUCCUGGCACCGCCAAGAGCAAGCAGCAGCCACCACCACCUGCCCACUUCAUUGGCCUUGGUCUGGCUCUGCCUGAAAGGCACAGGAGUCUUUAG